AUGGCACAGACCAGCCAGGCUGGUGGAAGUGAGAAAAAGGACUCCAUCUGCUCCAUCCUCUACUGUAAAAAUGAUUUGAAGGAAGGAUCCCUGCAGUGGGUGAAAGAACCCCUCAAUGGCCAGGUGCUCAUGGUGCUCAGCAUGGACAACAACUGCUCAACCACCUCCUUUGACAUGGAGCUUUGCACAGAGAAGCUGAAGUCCCUUGGGGUUCAGCAGGUGGCAGCAGAUCAGUGGAGAAGGUUGCUCCAGGAUGCUGUCCUGAAGCCUGAAGUGAGGAGGUACAUGUUCUACAACUCCAGGGCCUUCCAGAUCGCCGUGGCUGUGGUUUUCUAUGUGUCUCUCUGGACAAACAUUUACUCCACAGUCCAGCUGUGCUCCUUUGGGCGUUCCUGGGAGGCCAGUGUGCUGGUGACCUUGGCUGCUGUCGUGGUCACUGUGGUCCUCAUACUGGUUAUCAACCGUCGCCAGAGGAAGAUAAAUAUGAAUACAGAUGUCAGGCUGGCAGCUCUCAAUGAACUCUUGAUCCAACACAGUUUAAUCCUGGGCAUUACAGAUGCCCUGGAUGGGCCACACAACAUCCUGCAACUGUGGUUUGUGCACUUCAGCCCAGAGCACUGCCUCCAGUCCUUGGCUGCUCACAUCAUGGACCUGCAGAGGACACAUGAGUCAGGCCUGAAGCACAGCCUGGACCAGCUGUGUGUGGUGAUGGAGGCAGUGGUUCAGCCUGACCCACAGCUGGAGGAGGAAGAGGAGGAGGAGAAGGCUUCACGUGAAGAGUCUCCUCUUUUAUCCACUGCAGUGAACCUAAAAAAAGAGCCUGUGACAUGCAAUGAGCUGCUCCACCUCGUUCCUGAGGGCCCACCAGAGGUGAUGGCCCAGCAGCUCCUGGUGAUCUUCAGUGGCUGCUACGUCCGGCUCCUGGUCACUGGCCAGCUCCCUCGGGCCGUGGCAGGGGGGCACCUGGAGCCCAGCAGUGUGCCCUGUCUCUGCCAGUUCAUCAAGACCACCACGCUCAACACACAGCAGGGCUGGGUCAUGGGCAGCUGA